ACGGACGGCAACAGCUCCGGACUCCCCAGGUUGCAGACGCAAAGCUGGCGGCUUGGAGCCGGCUGUUCCAGCCCUGAACUCGCCAGCAUAUUCAGGAUCACCUCACCUCAUUCUUCCACUGAGCUCCCUGAUUGAAACAGCAAAGAGGAGGAUCAUCUAACUAUUUGAGAGGUAAAGAAGCAAAAUAGCUAAAAAUGACAAGUAGAAGACUGGAGGAGUCCAUGGGGGCUGUUCAUAUGGGCUUAGUCGAAAUGCUCAAAGGAUUCCAAAGCAAAGUUUUGCCCCCCAUGAGUCCAAAAGUGGUCACAGAAGACGAAGUACAUCAAAUGCAGACACCCUCAGAGUUCUUGAAGGAAAUGUCCCUCACUACACAGCAGAGACUGGCAAAUACACAUUUCACGUGCCGGCCACAGAUCAUAGAACUCUUAGAUAUGGAGGAAACGACAUAUCAAAAGUUUUCAGCAGUUGACUUGGACCAGGCAUUAUUCCAGCCCUUUCCAUCAGAAAUCAUAUUCCAGAACUAUACUCCCUGUGAAGUCUAUGAGGUUCCACUGGUUUUGAGGAACAACGACAAAAUCCCAAGAAUGGUGAAAAUUGUUGAGGAAAGUUCACCUUACUUUAAAGUAAUCAGCCCCAAAGACAUUGGCCACAAAGUAGCUCCAGGAGUGCCAUCUGUUUUCCGAGUCCUCUUCACUCCAGAGGAGAACAAGGAUUAUGCCCAUGUAUUGACCUGCGUUACUGAAAGAGAAAAGUUUAUUGUACCCAUCAAAGCUAGAGGGGCACGAGCCAUCCUGGAUUUUCCUGACGAGCUGAAUUUUUCCACUUGCCCUGUCAAAUACAGCAGUCAAAAGAUUCUAUUGAUACGAAACAUUGGCAACAAAGAUGCUGUGUUUCACAUCAAAAUUCAUAGGCCUUUCUCUGUGGAGCCAUCAGAUGGAACUCUUAAUGUGGGAGAAUCCAUGCAACUGGAAGUUGAUUUUGAACCACAGAACGUGGGUGAUCACAGUGGGAGACUUACAGUGUGUUAUGACACAGGUGAAGCAAUAUUUGUAUCUCUCUAUGGAGCUGCCACAGAUAUGAAUAUAAGGCUGGACAAGAACUCUGUGACCAUUGAGAAAACCUACAUCUCUUUGGCCAAUCAGAGGACCGUCACCAUUCACAACCGCAGUAACAUCAUUGCCCAUUUCCAGUGGAAAAUAUUUGCCACCCAAGAAGAGGAGGACAGAGAAAAAUAUAGGAUCUGUGAAGAUUUGACCAACGAGGAAAAGCACGAGACAGUUGAGUUUCUUGAAGAGUGUGUUACUGAUCCUUCACUCCGAGAACAACUUUCCAUUCUCUCCCGCACCUUCGAAAAUCAGCGGAAGCUGGUUCAGGAAGAUAGCAUGCUCUUCCUGGGUAGCGUGUACACCAUUGAGCCCCUGGAAGGUGAUGUCUGGCCCAACUCAACAACAGAGAUCACUGUGUACUUCCAUCCCGUGGAGGCCAAGACCUACCAACAGACCAUUUACUGUGAUAUUUCAGGCCGAGAGAUCCGUCUCCCCCUCCGAAUCAAAGGGGAAGGAAUGGGCCCUAAGAUUCACUUCAACUUUGAAUUGCUGGAUAUUGGGAAAGUUUUCGUUGGGUCCACACAUUGUUACGAGGCUGUACUGUCCAACAAAGGCAGCAUCGACGCCCUCUUCCAUGUGGUCCCCCCAACCUCGGCUUUGGGGGCCUGCUUUGUUUUCAGUCCCAAAGAAGGCAUCAUCGAGCCAAGUGCCGUCCAAGCCAUCCAGAUCUCCUUCAGCUCUGGCAUCCUGGGGCACUUUGAAGAAGAGUUCCUGAUCAGUGUGAAGGGGUCACCCGAGCCUGUGAAGCUGACCGUUAGAGGCUGCGUCAUUGGGCCUACCUUCCAUUUUAAUGUUCCUGCUCUGCACUUUGGCGAUGUUUCUUAUGGAUUUCCUCAUACCUUGAUGUGUUCGCUCAAUAAUACAUCUUUGGUCCCCAUGACCUUCAAUCUGCGCAUCCCUAGAGAUGGCUGUGGCCUGAAAAGCAUCCCAAGUGGUGAGCAGGUUUCAAGUGACAGAAGACUGUCUGGGACCAGUGAAGAAAUAGAAAUGGACACAACAAAGCCAAAAGAAUUCACCAUCACUCCCAGCUGUGGCACCAUUCGCUCCCAGAGCUUUGCUGCUAUCAAGGUGACUUUAUGCUCCAACACUGUGCAAAAAUACGAACUGGCGCUGGUUGUGGACGUGGAGGGCGUUGGGGAAGAGGUGCUGGCUCUCCUGAUCACGGCCAGGUGUGUUGUACCUGCCAUUCGACUAGUGAAGACCGACAUGGACUUUGGGCUCUGCUUCCUGAAACACCCCUACGAGAAAACUAUCGAGCUUGUCAAUCAUGACACCCUUCCAGGAUGCUAUGAGGUCCUGCCUCCGGUGUGUGAGGACCCACUGGCCAUGCUCCUUUCCAUCCCCUCGCCCUCCGGGGUCAUCGCCCCCAACGGCACUGUGAGCAUACCAGUAGCCCUGGAGACCCAGGUCACCGGAGAGCACAGGGCCACAAUUUACGUCUCUGUCUUUGGAAGCCAGGACCCUCCUUUGGUCUGUCACUUAAAGAUCAGUGGACAAGGCCCAGUUAUCUACGUGCAUCCUACUCAAGUUGACUUUGGCAACAUCUAUGUCCUACAGGACUCUUCCAAGAUUCUCAACCUUUCUAACCAGUCCUGCAUUCCUGCCUUUUUUCGGGCACACAUGGCAAACAAAAACUCCCUUUGGACAAUUGAACCCAAAGAAGGCACCGUUCCUGCGGAAACUAACGUUCCCCUGAUACUCACUGCCAACCUGAAUGACAUUCUGACGUUCAAGGACACAGUCUUUUUGGACAUUGAAAAUAGCAACACCUAUCAGAUUCCUGUCCAGGCUUCAGGAAUUGGCUCUACCAUUGUUUCAAAUAAGCCCUUCGCUCCAGAGCUCAAUUUGGGAGCACAUUUUAGCCUGGACACCUAUUAUUACCGCUUCAAGUUGACCAACAUGGGACGUCGGUUCCAACAGUUGUUCUGGAUGAAUGAGGGUUAUCAUCCCCAGAAGUUGAGCAAGAAGGGACAGGUUAAAAGGAGACCUGGUUGUCCUUUGCAGCCCCAGGACUCCCAGGAGUCCAGGGAUCCAGAAAGCCCAGUGUUUCAGAUUCAUCCCAUCAGGAUGGAGCUCUACCCAGGCCAGACAAUCGAUGUGAUUCUGGAAGGCUAUUCUGCAACUCCCAGGGUAGUCAAAGAAAAGUUGGUGUGUCAUGCUAUCGUUGGUGCGAAGAAGGGGAAGAGCUUGCUGAUGACUGUGAACAUCAUCUGUGAGUUUGUAGCGCCUCUCAUCCAGCUCUCCACCAGACAACUGGUAUACCGCCUGGAAAAGAAACCUAACACUAACCUAGAACCUGAUUACCAGCCCUUAGUUAUAAAGAACACUUCCGCCCUGCCUGUGAACAUGUUGCUCUCAACAGCUCUCCCCUUCUUUAUAUGUGAGACUGAUAAAUCGCUGCUGCCUUCUAUGUCUCAGCCUAUUAAACUGCAGAGUAAUAAAGCAAAAAACCUGCUGGUUAAAUUUGAUCCUUCCUUCAGAGAUGAUUUGAACAACUGGGUGGCAGAAGAAAUCCUAGAGAUUAAGUAUGUGGAGCACCCUCAAGUGGACAUCCUGGACCUGCGUGGGGAAGUAUAUUACCCCAACCUCAGCUUUGAGACGAUGGAGGUGGAUUUUGGCUGCAUCUUGAAUGAUACCGAAGUUGUCCGCUAUGUUAUGAUCACCAACACCAGCCCCCUGCUGGUGAAGUUCCGCUGGUUCUUCCUUAUGGACCACGAGGAAGUUCAGAGCAGGCUUUGUAGGUUUGUGACAUGGCCAGAGAAGCUCUCCACUUCCCCGACCUCCCAGACAGGGUCUAUCCCAGCAACCUCACCGCCUGUCAGCUUGCCAUCAGUCCCAACUACAUUCAAGUCUGCUGAUACAGAAUUCAGUGAUUCUAUUAGGAUUUCCCUGAUGGGUGAAGAUGUUGGACCUAAAGGAAAAGAACUGAAAAAGAUCAGAGCAUCCACCUUGAUCUCAGAUGAAAGAAAAAUUAGCCCUUCUGAAACAGAAGUUAGCCAGAGCCAACUGGAGUUUGAGGAACCCUUAUGGCUUUCUCAAGAGGAGCUGGUUUCCAUGGGGAUAGAAGAGGUAUUUGAUAUUUUGCCCCUCUAUGGAGCCCUGCGGCCCUACAGCAACCACCAAAUAUCCUUCACCUUCUACGGACACUGUGACAUCACUGCACAGGCCAAAGCUAUGUGUGAAGUGGAAGGCGGGCCCACCUAUGAAAUAACACUGAAGGGACAAGCUUCUACGGUCAACUAUUCCUUUGACACCAAGGAUAUUAACUACGGGCUACAGCUGUUUGACCAUGUCACAGAGCGUGAGAUCACACUGAAGAACACUGGGAAAGUUGGCUUUGACUUCAAGAUUUUGACUGACCACCAGUCUCCCCCAUACAUCCUUCUCCCUGGGGUGCCAUGGAUCGAGCCUCUGUCGGGUUUCAUCAGCUCACACAGCGAGCAAGUGUUGAAGGUCUACUAUUUACCUGGGAUACCUGAGGUCUUUCAAAGGAGCUUCCAGAUACAGAUCGCCCACCUGGACCCAGAAAACAUCUCUCUGAGUGGAGAGGGAAUCUUUCCCCGGAUCAGCCUGGAUCUCCCCAGGAACCUCCAAGGCAAUGAAAAAUAUAAAACCUUCUUGGAUCUAGCCCAAAAAAAGGCAAAAAAAGAGAACAAUAAAAAUGAAAUUCACAGUCACUCUGAGAUGGUAACUGAGGAAAUGCCUGAGGAUGACUCUUCUGAGUUAAGUGCUUAUCUCCAGAUGGAAGUAGACCAACUUAUAGUUCAAGCCUAUGCUCUCAAACAUCAGAAAAUAAUCACCCCCAAUCCCGCAGAGAGCACCUGUUUCAGCCGCUGGAAUCGCUGCAGACUAGCCAAAGUCCAGCUGCCAGAGUAUAUCCUGGACUUUGGAUACAUUGUCCUUGGAGACGUGCUAACCCACAUCAUCAAGAUCACCAACACCAGUCACUUUCCGGUGUCCUUCCAUGCAGAGAGGCGUGUCCUUCAUGACACAGGCUUCAGUACGGAGCUAGACCGUGUAAAGAAUCUGCCUUACUGCGAAACAGAGACAUUUGAAGUGAGAUUUGAUCCACAAGGGGCUAAUCUUCCUGUGGGAAACAAAGAAAUCCUACUUCCCAUCAAGGUGGUUGGAGGCCCAACGGUUCACAUCUGUCUCCGAGCUAAGGUGAUUGUCCCUGCUAUGACACUGUCUUGUAGAAAAGUGGAAUUUGCUGCAAUUCAGUGUGGACAGUGCAUGGUGGAAACAAUUCAGCUUUCCAAUCACCUCCAAGUCCCUUGUGAAUGGUUUGUCCUCAAUCCCACGCCUAUUAACAAGCUGGAGAAACACAUGCCAAAGUACUUAAGACAGAAAUUCUAUGCUGAAUUAAAGCCAAAGUCUCGUAUCUUUGAGAUCCAGCCCACGUCUGGAAUCUUGGAUCCUGAUGAGAUAACCAAUGUGCAAGUGAAAUUCAUGCCAGAAGAAGAGAAAUUCUACAACCAAACCCUGAUGUUCCAGAUUGCCCAGAGCCCUCAAAAGCUCACACUGCUAGCGCAUGGGCAAGGCCUGGAGCCGCGCCUAGAAUUUAGUCCUUUGCUUCUGGAACUGGGACCACUGCUGCCUCUUGCCGCUGGCGAUGAGGCCGAGGUGAUAGUGAAGAACCCCUGCAACUUUCCGAUUGAGUUUUAUUCCGUAGAAUUUGACCAGCAAUAUCUCCUAGAAGAGAAGAUCUUGCGACAGCUGAAGGGCUAUGACUCCUAUAAUACCCUGCUGCUGCCACCUCGCAACCCAGGGGAGAAGCUGACCCUGCAAUUGUAUGAGUACUUUAAAGAAGUGAAGAAGUCUAAAGAAGAACAGCUGAAGGCAAAAUAUAUGGAGAAUCUGGAUAAUGAUUCAGAGGACCUGAACACCUCGGGGGCCUCCACUAGCACAAAGAGGACAUCAGUCAGCCAAGGGAUCUCCGUCACAUCCUACUUUGAAGAACGACACAACUUUUUGACAGACUCCAAAGCCUAUACAGAUGAAGACGAGGAUGAGGACAGCCUGGAAAAAUUAAUCUUUCAGAUUGCACCUAACAAGAUUCAGCGAAGCCAGAGCCACUCUGUAGAGGAAGUUGGAGAGGUGGAAAGCAACCCAGUGAGCAAGGAAAUCGCUCGCCACCUAGGCAUUGACAUUUCUGCAAAAGGCCGCAUGGCCAAGAGCCGGAAAGGCAUCGCCAUUAUCAUCCAUGGGACACCCUUGUCAGGAAAGACAGUCAACGCGGUGAGCCUAGCCAAGUACUACAAUGCCGCCUGCUUGAGCAUUGACUCCGUUGUCCUGGAAGCUAUCUCUGACAGCAACAGCAUCCCGGGGAUCCACGCCCGAGAGCUCUGUAUCAGGGCCACCAUAGAGCAGUCCAUGAAGGAAGGAGAGGACUCCACCCAGGAGGCUUCUGGGGUCCAAAGUGCCACAAUACAGUCACGACAAAGCAGUGAGAACUUGGGCAAAUUCACCUCGGAAAUCACUCUGGUGACCCCAGAAAUUAAACCUGGAAAGAGCAUUCGGGGGAGUGCGUUGUUCACCAAAAGCAAACCAGAGAGCCACAGUUCUGGGUCACAGAAGCAGCACCACCAGCACCAAUCUGAAACACCACAGGUCUCCAGCCCUCUCCUGGGGCCCACCCCACGCCGGCUCAGUGUCAGCGCCAGCAUUGGAGGUGAGGUGGGGCUGACAAGCUGCGUGUUUCCCGAGGAGCUUCUGACACAGAUCCUGACCGAGCGGAUCCAGCUGAGUGACUGCUGCCGAGGAGUGGUGUUUGAUGGCCUCGACACACUCUUCGCACGGAGUGGGCCUGCCGCCCUCCUGUGUCUGCUGAAGGCCAUCGGCAGCCGCGAGCACAUCUACGUCCUCAACAUGGCCCAGGAUUACACGACCAUGAAGGCCCAAGAGAAGGCCAGAAAGGAGCAGGAAGAAAACAAACGCAAGGAAGAACUUGAGAAAGAGAAGAUGCGUCUCCAAAACAUGGAUGAGGAAGAAUACGAUGCCUUGACAGAGGAGGAGAAAAGCAAGUUCGACCGGGAAGUUCAGCAGGUGCUCUGGGAGAGGAAGAAGAGGGAGCUGGAGCGCUUGGCCAGAGAGAUGCAAGAAAAGAAGCUACAGCAGGAGCUUCUGCGGCAGAAGGAAGAUGAUGAGCUGAGGAAAAAGAUCAAGAAGCCCAAGCAAGGCCCAGUGAAGGAAGAGCCUCCUGCGAAAAAACCACCAACAGGAAGCAAGCCUAUGGGUCGUACAUCCACCAAAUCCGAGGCCAAAACAGACUCACUAGAAAGGAAAAUUUCUGUUAGGGAGCAGCCAACACCUGAGAAGGAAGAAGCAAACAAGAAAAAGAAACACAUGGCUGAGAGCAGCAUACCUGGGGCUCCUGGGGUUCCGCUUCCCCAAGAGCAAGAGGACAGUGAUGGGGAGCUUCCAAAAGACACCGCGGAGAAGGAACUGGCCCAGAAGUUCAAGGCCUAUGAGAUAACGCUGAGGGACAUCCAGAGCAUCCUCACCUACUGGGACCGGAAGCUGGGCAUUCAGUUGCCUCACCUGGGCCUGGAGGAGGUGUCUCAUGAGUCAGAGGACCAGCGCCAGGUUCCCUCAGGUGGUGGCGGGGGCGGGGGCGGCGGUGGUGGUGGUGGUGGUGGCGGUGGUGGGCGUCGGGGCCGAAAGGACCGGGAGAGGGAGCGCCUGGAGAAGGAGCGGGCGGAGAAGGAGCGCCUGGAGAAGGAGAAGGCCGAGAGGGAGCGCAUGGAGAAGCUACGGGCCAUGGAGGAGCGGCUCGAGCCAGAGGGGGACGCAGAGGAGGAGCACGAGGGGAAGAAGGAGAUGGGGGUACCCUUCGUGAGCAUCCAGACUCCAGACUAUGAAGGCUCCAGCUGGAAGCAGGCCCUGAAGAGCGAGAAGCUUCCCAAAGUAGAUCAGAUCCUGGAUAUCUUGGGUCUGGGGUCCUCUGGCCCACCUGUCCCACCUCCUGCCUUGUUCUCCAUCGUCUCAUACCCUGAGAAGCGGCUAUCCUUAGUCCCCAUGGGAGUUCUCAAACACUUCGUGUUUGUGAUCCCAGCAUCUGAAGACCUUUCCCUGCUGGACGACAAAAAAGAAAUGGAAGCAGAAUCAGAUGUCUCCAAUGCCACCCUGUCAACCAAGGAGGAACAGGCUAUCUCGUCUAAAGCAAGCAAACAGAAACUGAAAGAAAAACCUGAACAAGUCCGGGACACUCAGAAGGACAAACGUCGCCCAGCUCAGGGCAAGAAAGCUGCUUCAGGGGGACCUGCUGGAACCGCUGCUGCCCUGCCAGAUAUAGACCAGAACAAAUUCAGUGGGCAGCCCUCCCAGGAGAAGUUUGUCAGGCUGAAUUACUUCCGGUGGAUCGUGCCAGCCAAUGGAGAGGUGACGCUGCGCAUCCACUUCUCCUCUAACCAUGUUGGGAACUUUAACCAGACUUUCAACUUCGAAAUCCUUGGAACUCGCCGCCAAUACCAGCUUUAUUGCCAAGGCGUCUGCACUUACCCAUGCAUUUGUCAAGACCCAAAAGUGGUGUUUCCUCAGCAGAAGCAAGACAUGACAGCAAAUGAGGUCAUCUUUAAGAAGUAUAUUAUGAGCAUGGAGAGGUUUUACUUCGGGCCUCUGCUUUGUGGAAAAUCAAGAGACAAGUACAAGUCAUCCUUAUUUCCAGGCAACACGGAGACCCUGACAAUCCUGAACAUUUCCCCCAUGCUGGUGGAGGUGUGCUUUUGCUUCCAGAAUGACGUCAAAGCAAGCACCUACUUUCUGGAGCCUGUCAACAUGACUCUGAAGCCCAAUGAGAAGCAGAGGCUAAAUAUCUGGGCGUACCCUACUGCAGUUGGAGUCUUUGAGGACAGCAUUGUCUGCUGCAUCAAGAACAACCCUGAGCCAACUAUCUUCAAACUAAGCUGUCAGGGAAUCCGCCCAGAGCUAGAGCUGGAACCCAAACAACUACAUUUUGAUCGGCUUUUGCUGCACAGAAAAGAAUCCAAAGCAGUUUUCCUCCGCAACAUCACUCCCCUGCCCGUGGCCUGGCGGGUCACCAGUCUGGAGCACCUGGGAGAGGACUUCACGCUGUCCGAGAUGCACGGCCUCAUCCUGCCCGGGACGGAGUAUGCCCUGCAUGUGCACUUCCAGCCCUCCAAGCCUGUCAACAUCAAGAAGCCUUUUCGGCUGGAGGUUUUAGAUGCAGAAAAUCUUGUUGGAGUCAUGCAGAUUGAAAAUGUCCUGAUCUUUGCAGAAUCCUAUGACAUCACACUGGACAUCACCUUUCCCAAAGGAGCUGAAGGACUGGACUUCGGUACUGUGAAAGUCAUGGAGGAUCUGAAGCAGCCCCUUCAGCUGAAGAACCGCGGGAAGUACGAGAUCAUGUUCAGCUUUUCUGUGGACUCUGUGAAAAUUAUGUCAACCAAUGUCAAUUCCAUGAUCUCAGUCCUACCUCAGAGGGGCUCACUGUCUGCAACAGAAAAGCCCAUGAAUGUCCAGGUGUUCUUUCGCGCAAAAACAGAAGUGAAGCUUGAGCAGCAGCCCAUUCUGCACUGCCAGAUUAUUGAGCCCAAUCUUGCGGAAGGGGGUGAGAUCACUACCAGUAUCCCCAUUGCGUUUUCUGUGAAUGCAGUGUAUUCCAAGUUCAACAUCAGCCCCUCCUCGGUCAUCAACUUCGGGGCUUUGAUCUGCGGCACACGCAAGAGCUCUACCAUCAGCAUAGAAAACCAGGGUAUUACUGACUUCAAGUACGCCCUCUACAGGCUCACCGGGGAGAGCCCCAUUCACCAAAAGAAAGCGACCGGACACUUCAGACAUGCAAGAGCCCGGGAGAGCGAAAACUUCCUCAAGUCUAAAUCAGCCAAGUUCUCAGACCCAAUUCAGAAAGAAACAAACAUCACAGGCCAGGCUCGCUUUUCCCACGGUAUGUUCACUGUGUACCCUGGGUUCGGCUCCAUAUCUCCCGGAGGACAGCAGAUUAUCACAGUUGAUUGUGUGGCUGACCCCGUGGGAAAGUGUGAGGAGUUUUUGGCCAUCGAUAUCUCUGACCGAGACCCCAGAGAGCAUCCCGCCGGCAUUCCUUACACUCUGCUUGCUGAAGCCUGCCUGCCAGCCUUCAUGACUGACAACUACACUUCAAUAUUUGAGGAGCACCACAUCUGCACCAGCCUCAACCUGCAGCACAUCCUGCAGACCACAGAGAGUGGGGGGCUGUUUGUGGAGGAUGAGAACAAGUUCAUCUUUUGCAACAUCCUGGUGGGCCACCAGGCCAAGGCUCGGUUCAAGAUCAGCAACAUGGGCAAGAUUCCCUGUGAUAUCAGCAUUGUAGUUAAGCCCAUCUCCAACAAGGCCUUUGCCCGCAUCACCGACAUCUUUGAAGUGGAACCCAACAAGAUAUGUGUGGCCAGCCGGUCAAGUGCCUUUGCCACUGUCUUCUUUACCCCACAGACCAUGCAGACUUACCAGUGUGUCUUCGAGGCUACCUUGGAUGGCUUGCCCAGCAUGCUGGCCAGAAACCGGGGCCUCAUGUUUGACAUUGUUGGUGAGGGAACGCUCCCGCGAGUGACGAUCGUGAGGCCGAUUCUCUACAACCAGCACGGAAACCCCUUGCUCCUCUUCAAGAAGCUCCUGCUUGGCCAUUCUGAGAAAUUGCCGCUUGUCCUCAAGAACAAUGGCACCAUCCCUGCCCAGCUGCACGUGGACCUGCGGGACCAGCUAGGAGUCUUCUCCCUGAAAGGGAGGCCCACCACCUCCUACAUCUAUAUCAAUGAGGAAAACAAACCAAAUGAAAAAGCAAUAAAAGCUCAUACAGCUUCUCUGAUUGUUUCUCCUGGAAACACAGCUGAAUUUGAUGUCUUUUUCCACUCCCAGAAAGUUGGGAGAGUGACAGGCAUCAUUCACCUCUCAGUGGUUGACAAUCAGUAUGAGGAGACCCUCAUCCACAUGGUGGGAGAGGGCUACAAAGAUGACAUCACCUUGGACAACAUCCAUGGGCUGGUGGCUUCCACUAGCCAAGAGGCCUCAAAUAUUUCUGAGGUCAUAGAGGUCACUGAGGAAGACACCAUGGAUGACUUACUGGCAGCUGCUCUCGUGGACCACAUCCAGUUUGGGGACUGCCACAUUGGAACCAACUAUAGUGCAAGCUUCACGAUCACUAAUCACAGCCAAGUGAAUGUGAUACGGUUUGAAUGGCCCCUUUUGGCUACCAUUUCUUUCUCCCCACAGAUGGGCCACCUCCACCCUGGUUGUGCUAAGGACAUAGUGGUGACCAUGAAGUCUGACAUGCCCGUCAGUCUGAAGAAGCUGGGGAUCAAAUGCAAGCUCUCCAAGAUCGUGUUUCAGCUCCCUGCAGACCAGGUCCCUGACUGGGAUGACCGCAUGCGCACAGUCAAGUGGGUAGAUAUGCCCAAAAACACAACAGGAGCCCCUCCUACAAAACGAAAGGUGAUCGAGACAGAUCCGGAGCCUGUGCAUUCAGUAGUAGAAGAAAACUACCGAGAACUGCGGAUUCAGAUCAGUGCCAAUGUGGAUUUUGCUUCAUACCAGUGCCAAAAGAACGACGUGUGCUUUAAGGAAACACUGGUUUACCAGACUCGAGUGUUUGAGUUUGACCUGGUUAAUUCUGGACAUGUGCAGCUAGAAUUCAACUGGAGCAUAGAUGAUGUUACAAAGGCAGUCAGCUUUGCCAAGAAAGAAAACCAAGGUUUCCCUCAAAAGGAGCAACUUAGUCAGAUUACCGUCAGCACCAUGGACAGCGCCGUGGACCGCGGGCCUGAUGCUUCCGUAUCCCCUUUCUCUGUGGAGCCUUCCUCAGGCAUCGUGCCCGUGGGGACGACUGAGAAGAUCAAAGUGAAAUUCUCCCCAUUAGAUGUUGGCAAAUUCGAGAGCAGUCUUUCCUGCCAGAUUCUCAACCUACCACCUGGAGAACAAGGUCCUGUCCUGGUAGCAAAAGGGCAGAGCUUCUUGCCCAUCUGCCAUUUUGACCUCAAAGACUCAGACUACAUCCGUGGACAACAGCACAACUCAGAGCUCCAAGCAUCUGGCACAGGGCCUUUGGAUCCAAACACCAGGGUGAUUGAAUUCAACACCGUGGGCAUAGGAGGAAAGAAUCUGCAGACUUUUACAAUCCUGAACCCGACCAAUAGCAGCUACUCCUUCUGCUGGAUCUCUGAAGAAAGUGAAAGUCUCCAGAACCCUCCAGCUUUUGCGUGCCUUACAGAGAAGGGCUCCAUCCACCCUGAAAAGAAAGCUGAAAUUGUGUUCCAGUUCGUACCUUCCCAUCUGGACAUCACAGAAGCCUUAUGGACUUUUUUAAUCCCUGAACACAACAUUUCAGUCCCUUUCCUGCUCGUGGGUAGAACCACUGAGCCUGUCAUCACUCUGGACAAGCCACACAUCAACUUCAGUUCUCUCAUUGGCAGAGAAGCCAGGGAGACUGUGCAGAUCAUCAACAAGGAGGAGGAGGGCUUCAAUUUCGCCUUCCAGGACAACUCCCGAUAUUCUGAGGGUUUCAGCAGCAACCUAGUCGUGUGCCCCAUGGAAGGCUGGAUUCCACCCCAGGCCAGGUUCCCAAUUGAUAUUUUCUUCACACCAAAGCAGGAAGGAGAUGUGAACUUUCAUUUAAUCUGCAAUGUGAAGAGGAAAGCCCACCCUCUGACGCUACACGUUAAGGCUGAGGGCUACUCCAUGAAUGCAGAGGUCAAGUGCAAGGACAGAACUGGCUCUGUCACUCUCUUGGUACCCAACCAGACCAACAUCAUCGACUUUCAUGAGGUGGAGUUAAAUGAAUCUGUCCAGUGUGAAUUUAGCUUUAUGAACACUGGGAAGUUCAUCUUCAACUUCCAGGCAAAACUUUCUGGGCCCAAAGCCCUAUUACAAUACUUGGAAUUUUCACCCAUGGACAGCACCGUGGAUGCAGGGCAGAGUGAACAAGCUACUCUGUCUUUCCAGCCAUUUCAGAAAUGCAUCUUGAAAGGCCUGGAACUCAGAAUCAAGAUCAGCUAUGGCCCGACAUUUAUGUGCAGCAUCACAGGCUGUGCUGUGAGUCCAGCCAUUGAGUUCUCCUUCACCAGCUACAACUUUGGGACCUGCUUCAUCUACCAAGCUGGAAUGCCUCCAUACAAGCAAAGUCUGGUCAUCACCAACAAGGAAGACACAUCUGUGAGCAUAGAUUGUUUGUACACCAACACAAGCCACCUCGAGGUGAACUUCCGCGCCGAUGUGAUAAAGCCAGGAAACACCCUGGAGAUUCCAAUCACCUUUUAUCCUCGAGAAAGUAUCAACUAUCAAGAACGCAUCCCCUUUGAAAUCAAUGGACUCUCUCAACAAACAGUUGAAAUCAAAGGAAAAGGCACUGAAAUGAAGAUUUCAGUCCUAGAUCCAGCCAAUAGAAUUGUGAAGUUAGGAGCAGUCCUGCCAGGACAGGUUGUGAAGAAAACUGUUUGCGUCAUGAACAAUAGCCUUGCAGUGCUCACAUUUAACCAGUCUGCGUUGUUCUCCACUCCAGAACUCCAGGAGCCCAAGGUCAUCACCUUGGCGCCCUUCCAAAACAUCACCCUGAAGCCCAGCGAGGUCUGUAAGCUGGAAGUCACCUUUGCCCCGAAGAAGCGCAUCCCUACCUUUUCUGAGGAGGUGUUCAUGGAAAGCAUGGGCCUCCUGCGCCCCCUCUUCCUCCUCAGCGGCUGCUGCCAGGCCCUUGAGAUCUCCCUGGACCAGGAUCACCUUCCCUUUGGGCCAGUCGUGCAUCACGCACAAGCUACACGCCGCAUUCUCAUGUUGAACACAGGUGACAUGGGUGCAAGAUUCAAAUGGGAUGUCCAAAAGUUUGAGCCUCAUUUCUCCAUCAGCCCAAAUGAAGGCUAUAUCACCGCUGGCAUGGAGGUUUCUUUGGAAGUGACCUAUCAUCCCACGGAGGUGGGGAAGGAGACCUUCUGUAAAAACAUUCCCUGCUUCAUCCAGGGGGGCAGUCCUCUGAGCCUCACCCUAUCUGGUGUCUGCGUGGGACCACCUGCCAUAAAAGAGGUGGUGAAUUUCAACUGCCAGGUGCGCUCCAAGCACACACAGACCAUCCUGUUGUCAAACCGCACCAACCAGACCUGGAAUCUACACCCCAUCUUUGAGGGAGAGCACUGGGAAGGGCCCGAGUUUAUCACGCUGGAGGCCCAUCAGCAAAAUAAGCCUUAUGAGAUCACCUACAGACCCCGCACCAUGAACGUGGAUAACCGCAAGCACCAGGGCACCCUCUUCUUCCCGCUCCCAGAUGGCACAGGCUGGCUUUAUGCCCUGCAUGGGAUUGCUGAGCUCCCCAAAGCUGUAGCCAAUAUCUACCGUGAAGUACCAUGUAAGACACCCUACACGGAGCUUCUGCCAAUCACCAACUGGUUGAACAAGCCCCAGAGAUUCCGGGUCAUUGUGGAGAUGGUGAAACCAGAGAAGCAAGACCUAAGCAUCACUAUGAAGGGCCUCGAUUAUGUUGAUGUGCUCUCUGGCUCCACAAAGGACUACAAACUGAACUUCUUCUCCCACAAGGAAGGACUCUAUGCUGCCAAGGUGAUCUUCCGAAACGAGGUGACCAGUGAAUUCCUGUUCUACACAGUAAGUUUCAGAGUUACCCCUUCAGGUACCAUCAAAACCAUCAAGAUGACAAGCCCAGUCCGGCAGAGCACGUUGGCCGCCAUCAAGCUGGAGAACCCCCUGCCCUACUCAGUGACCUUCUCCACAGAUUGCAGGAUGCCUGACAUCAGCCUGCCCACCCAGUUUGCCGUGCCCGCCAACUCCGAGGGCACAUUUUCAUUUGAAUUCCAGCCCCUGAAAGCUGGUGAGACCUUAGGGAAGCUAACUUUGUACAACAGCGAUUUAGGUUACUACCAGUAUGAGCUCAGUUUGAAGGCUGUGCCAGCGCCUCCUGAAAAGCCCGUCCACUUCCAGACGGUUCUCGGCGGCAGCCAAAGCAUCAUUGCGAAGUUCGUCAAUUAUACGCGGCAGAAGACAGAGUACUUCAGCAGGAUAGACUGUCCGGAUUUCCACACAGAAAGAGUCAUCAAUGCACCCCCAGGAGCCCAGGGAGGCACUGAAGUUGGCAUAGAAGUCAUCUUUGAGCCCAGCCACCUGGGUGAGACCAAGGGCAUCCUGACCUUGACAUCGAUGCUAGGUGGGGAAUAUACCAUCCCCCUCUUUGGAAUGGCUCUGCCCCCCAAACCUCAGGGCCCCUACAUGAUCCGAGCUGGAUACAACAUAAUCAUCCCCUUCAAGAACAUCUUCCUUCAAACAGCCAGCUUCUCCAUCAUGGUGGAUAAUCCCGCCUUUACUGCCCGCGCUGUAGACUCUGUGCGACCCAAGAAGAUCAACAACAUCACUGUCUCCUUUGAAGGAAACCCAUCCGGCCGCAAAACCCCCAUCACCACUAAGCUGACUGUGACCUGCCCUACCCGUGAAGGCAGUGAGGCAGGAAUUAAAUGGGUUUAUUACCUAAAGGGGAUCACUCCUUAGUGAAAUGCAGGGUUACCUGCACCCCAAAAGCCACCUCCUUGGGCUCAAGAGCUGCAUCAUCCCAAGGUAAUAAAGAAAGUUGAAGUUCUACAGGGAUUAUGUCAUGCCCCUCCCUCAAUUAUAGGGGCAAUUAUUUCUAUAUUACAUGUUCUUAAAACACUUAUAAAAUAUUUAUUUCACAUUAAGCACUAUAGCUACAUACAACAGAACUUUAUCUAAAAUAAUUCAAUCCUUGCGAGCUCCUGAAUUGUAUUUCUUGAUAUGUCCCAUAGCUCAAGGACUCUGUAAUAUACCCCAUUGUUAACAAAAACAUGCAAGUAUCACUUGUAGACCUUCUCUACACAACACAUAGUAGGGCCUGACACCAGGGCGCUGCAGUUUCUUCUUAAAAUCUGAAGGGCCCUUAGAUAUGAGACAAUUUUGAUGAGACACUUUAUUCUACUUUCACACAAAUGCCAAAGAAAUAACAAUUUUCAAAGCAAAGAACAGAUAAUAUGAGGUCAGCCAAGAGACUCUCUUACAUUUGCAUACCAUUGGCCUGUGAAUUACAUAUCUGAAAGCUCUCUUUGGUGGCUGAUAGAGACCCCAGCCCGCAGGGCCUGCUCCAACCCGAGACACCAUAGUUGGCCCCCUACCCUGCUGCACAUCGUCUCAUUUACUUCUCACCCAGAAGCCACCCCUCCCCAAAUUCCAACGUAGUUAGUCUAGGGCUGGGCAUGGGCUUCUCUUUAUCUGUGUAACUUGUACUGUAGAGUUGAAAACGGGGGCUACAGAGCAAACACACACACAGCCAUUUGUGCUACAGCUGAGUCAGGAAUCCCAUCCAGGGGAGAGACUGUGUCCCAGGUCGAUGUGUUGGUACUGCAGCUAUUGUGUGCACACACAAAGGGUGACCAGCUCCUUCCUUGAGCAUUGUGGAAGCUCCUGACCCAUGGAGCCAUGGGCACCUGUACAGCCCAGAGUCUAGCUCCCUGGCCAUCUCGUUCCCUGGGCCUCUUGGUGUGUAUUCCUAGCACUACUUAACCUGUUGGUGCCAAGUGUUGAAAUAAAGAGAACUAAAGACUGGCCCUGGAGUGGAUUUGCUCCUGCAAACACAUACCUUUGACUGAGGGUCUCCUGCCUCUACUUGC